UGCUCUGUGUGGCUGGGAGUUUUCACCGUUGGUGGUUUCACGGGGAGUAGUUGUAGUCUUCAUACCGGAGGGUGAAACUAGUCCCGGGGAGGAAACUAGUGGGAUACUUUUGUAGUUUGGGGAGAAAACUACCAUAGGUGGUAGGAGAGUAACUUAAUUUUCUCUUGGAUAGCACUAUAAAGUUGCCAUCAUGCCGGUUUUCCACACGAAGACGAUAGAAAGUAUCCUGGAGCCGGUGGCUCAGCAGAUAUCCCAUCUGGUGAUAAUGCACGAAGAAGGUGAAGUUGACGGGAAAGCUAUUCCAGAUCUCACGGCGCCGGUGGCUGCCGUGCAGGCGGCUGUCAGCAACCUUGUUCGGGUUGGGAAGGACACGGUACAAACCACAGAGGACCAGAUCAUGAAAAGGGACAUGCCACCAGCUUUUAUCAAAGUGGAGAAUGCAUGCACUAAGCUGGUGCAGGCUGCCUCCAUGCUGAAAGCCGAUCCGUACUCUGUUCCUGCUCGGGAUUACCUCAUCGAUGGCUCCCGGGGCAUCCUCUCUGGGACCUCUGACCUGCUCCUGACCUUCGACGAAGCCGAGGUUCGCAAAAUAAUCCGCGUGUGCAAAGGCAUCCUGGAGUACCUGACGGUGGCAGAGGUGGUGGAGUCUAUGGAGGACUUGAUCACGUACACAAAGAACCUGGGACCAGGGAUGACAAAGAUGGCAAAGAUGAUAGAUGAGCGACAGCAAGAGCUGACACACCAGGAGCACCGUGUGAUGUUGGUCAACUCCAUGAACACAGUCAAAGAGCUGCUGCCCAUCCUCAUCUCAGGUAUCAAAAUCUUUGUGACAACCAAGACGUCUGGCAGCCAGGGUGUGGAGGAGGCCUUGAAGAACCGUAACUUCACUUUUGAGAAGAUGAGCUCCGAGAUAAACGAGAUCAUCAGAGUGCUGCAGCUUACGUCCUGGGACGAGGACGCCUGGGCCAACAAGAAGGACACAGAGGCCAUGAAGAGGGCUCUGGGGCUCAUCGACUCAAAGAUGUCUCAGGCUAAGAACUGGCUGAGGGAUCCACACGCUCAACCAGGGGACGCGGGCGAGCAGGCCAUCCGCCAGAUCCUCGAUGAAGCCGGGAAAGUUGGCGAACUGUGUGCUGGGAAGGAGCGCAGAGAUAUCGUGGGCACAGCCAAGACCCUGGGCACGAUGACUGACCAGGUGUCUGAGAUGAGGGCCAGAGGUCAGGGGGCGACUCCAGCCGCCAUGCAGAAGGCACAGCAGGUUUCCCAGGGGCUCGACGUGCUGACCGGCAAGGUGGAAAAUGCCGCUCGCAAGCUGGAGGCCAUGACUAACUCCAAGCAGGCCAUCGCCAAAAGGAUUGAUGCUGCACAGAACUGGCUGGCAGAUCCUAACGCCAGCCCAGAGGGAGAGGAGAACAUCAGGGCCCUGCUCACCGAGGCCAAAAAGAUUGCAGACAUGUGUGAGGACCCAAAAGAAAGAGAUGACAUCUUGCGCUCUAUUGGAGAGAUCGCUGCCAUGACUGCCAAACUGUCUGAUCUCAGAAGACAGGGUAAAGGUGACACUCCCGAGGCCAGAGCUUUGGCUAAACAGAUCGCAACAUCUCUGCAGAACCUGCAGUCCAAGACCAACAAAGCCGUGGCCAACAGCAGGCCUGCAAAGGCCGCUGUUCACUUGGAAGGAAAGAUCGAGCAGGCGCAGCGCUGGAUUGAGAAUCCCACCAUGGACGACAGCGGCGUGGGCCAGGCAGCCAUCCGCGGGCUGGUGGCGGAGGGCCGCAGGCUGGCCAACGCUCUGCCAGGCCCGUACAGGCAGGAGCUGCUGGGUAAGUGUGAGCAGGUGGAGCAGCUCAUGGCCCAGCUGGCCGACCUGGCUGCCCGCGGUGAAGGGGACUCCCCUCAGGCACGUGCUGUUGCUCAGCAGCUCCAGGAGGCUUUGAAAGACCUGAAAGGAAAGAUGCAAGAAGCGAUGACUCAGGAGGUGUCAGACAUCUUCAGUGACACCACCACCCCCAUCAAGUUACUGGCAGUGGCUGCCACCGCCCCUCUGGACGCCCCCAACAGAGAUGAGGUCUUUGAUGAAAGGGCUGCCAACUUUGAGAACCACGCCAAUAAGCUUGGCACCACGGCAGAGAAGGCUGCUGCUGUCGGCACUGCCAACAAGAGCACAGUGGAGGGAAUCCAGGCUGCCGUCAAGUCAACAAGAGACUUAACACCACAAGUGGUAUCUGCUGCUCGUAUCCUGCUGAGAAACCCUGGCAACCAAGCUGCAUAUGAACAUUUUGAAACCAUGAAGAAUCAGUGGAUCGACAAUGUGGAGAAAAUGACAGGUUUGGUGGACGAGGCCAUCGAUACCAAAUCCUUGCUGGACGCCUCAGAGGACGCCAUCAAGAAGGACCUGGAAAAGUGCCGUUUGGCCAUGGCCAACCACCAGCCUCAGAUGCUGGUCGCCGGCGCCACCAGCAUCGCCCGCAGAGCCAACCGUAUCCUCCUGGUGGCGAAGCGAGAGGUGGAGAACUCCGAGGAUCCUAAAUUCAGGGAGAUGGUGAAGGCCGCGUCUGAUGAACUGAGCCAGACGAUUUCUCCUAUGGUGAUGGACGCUAAAGCGGUGGCUGGAAAUAUUCAUGAUCCAAGUCUUCAGAAAGGCUUCCUGGACUCAGGUUAUAAUAUUCUUGGUGCUGUGGCAAAAGUCAGGGAGGCAUUCCAGCCCCCGGAGCCAGACUUCCCACCACCUCCUCCUGAACUGGAUCAGCUUAAUCUUAACGAUGAGGCAGCACCACCCAAACCUCCUCUUCCUGAGGGUGAGGUUCCUCCCCCCAGGCCUCCUCCCCCAGAGGAGAAAGACGAGGAGUUCCCUGUGCAGAUUGGCGAUAUGGUGAACGAGCCCAUGAUGGUGGCUGCCAGGCAGCUCCACGAUGAAGCCCGCAAGUGGUCCAGCAAAGGAAAUGACAUCAUCGGUGCUGCCAAACGUAUGGCCUUGCUCAUGGCUGAGAUGUCACGUCUGGUGCGCGGAGGCGGCGGAAACAAGCGCGCCCUCAUCCAGUGCGCCAAGGACAUCGCUAAGGCUUCUGAUGAAGUCACACGGCUGGCCAAGGAGGUGGCCAAGCAGUGUACCGACAAGCGUAUCCGGACCAACCUGCUCCAGGUGUGCGAGCGCAUUCCCACCAUCAGCACUCAGCUCAAAAUCCUGUCCACAGUCAAGGCCACCAUGUUGGGUCGCACCAACAUCAGCGAAGAGGAGUCAGAGCAGGCCACUGAGAUGUUGGUCCACAAUGCUCAGAACCUGAUGCAGUCUGUGAAGGAGACCGUCAGGGAGGCCGAAGCAGCUUCCAUCAAGAUCCGGACAGAUGCUGGUUUCACCCUCCACUGGAUCAGAAAGACCCCCUGGUACCAGUAA